ACCACAUUCACCCUCCUUCCCCAUCUCGCGUCCUCGGCCCUCUGCGCACCUCACGCCCACCUAGUUCCUCGUAUCGCGCUCAUCCGCCGCGCGUCGCGCGCCAUGCUGGACGACGACGUGUUCGACGACGUGGAUGGCGGCGCGGACUUCAGGGAGUGGGACCGCGAGGCGCGGGUUCGCGAAGACAACUUCGUCAAGCUGGGGUACCGCGACGGCGUAACGGCGGGCAAGGAGGCAGCUGCGCAGGGAGGGUUCAACGCGGGGUUUAGGGAGAGCUGCGGGGCCGGCUUCCGAUGGGGGCACGCGCGAGGCCUCGCCAGCGUGCUGUCCUCGCUGCCCCCGGACGUGGCAUGCUAUGUGCGCCUGCCGUCCGCGCCCCACCACUCUCUUGUGCACCUCGCACGGGUUAUGGUCCUGUCGGGGGGGAAAUUGGGGGCAGAGGAGGAGAGUGGGGGAGGGGGAGGGCGGGGCAGUGGGAGUGGGGCGAGCAGUGCAGAGGGAGGGGCACGAACAGUGGAAGCAGGCGCGGGUGGCGUUGCUGCUGCCCUGGGUGCUCUGAGCGUGGCGGCAGGGGGGCAGGUGGGCGGGCCAGGGGGGGGAGAGGGUGGCAGCACGGAGGCAGAGGCUGCUGGGAGCGCAGCAAUUCAAGCAGAGGGUAGCGCGUGUGGCGGCUCAACUGGUACUGCUGCUGCGGACUGCUGUGGCAGUGGUAUGUGUGGCGGUGGAAGUGGGGCAUGUGAGGCACGGGUGCACGCCCCAUGUGCCUGCCAGCAAGCAGCUAGAAUCGAUGGUAGCGAAACAGGUGGUGCUGGCAGUGAUGGUGCAGCGGAUGGCAGUGCGGCAGUUGAGGACACCUCGCAUGGGCUAGCAAUGGAGGGGGGGAUUGGCAGGAGCGUAGCAGGGAUGAAGGCCGAGGGUGCGGUGCUUGAGGAAAGCACAGCUGCCGCACGUGGUGGACGACAGGGAGGGGACGGCUGGAGCAUGGAAGGAGAAGGGGGGGGUGGGGUCAAUGCUAGUGGUCUUAUUGCUGACAGCACGUCCUGUGCAGUCACACCCGAUUCAGUGGCACCUGCUCCGUCCACGCAAGGCGAGGGUCACCUUGCGACGGCACUGCACCUGGUGAGCUGCCUUCAUGCGUCCAUGGGUGCACCCGCACACCGUGCUGCUGCUGCUGCUGCCGCCGCCACUCCCACUGCACCUCAACCACCUCAAGCACCUCCCUCUGCCUUACCAGCAGCAGCAGCAGCAGGUAAUGCUGUGGCCUCAGCGAGUGGUAGCAGUGAGGUGAGAGGUGCUGACGCUCUGAGCGGUGCUGCAUCUGUGCCUGCUGGUAGCGUGGCUCAGACUGGCAUGGACAGAGGAGCAGCUGUACAGGCCGAGCUCAGCACUCUGUGGGGGAGGGUGGGGGAAGGGACGAUGUUGGAUGGGGCGAAGGUGGGUGGGGGUGCGGGAGAGGGCGUACUGGCAGCAUCAGUGGUGCAAGGUGUGCAUGCAUCCGUGGUGGCAGGGGUGGCAGCGCUGCUAGGGGCAGAUGCAGGGGCGUUGCCGGAAGGGUGGACAGACAUACUUCACACAGACCGUUGAUUCUAGGGCUGACCUGCAUGCAUAAUUGAAUCGGUCUUGUUCACCCUUGCUGCCGGUUGUGGGGCUCAGCUGGGAUACCUUGCAAUAUCUCACCUUUUCAGCCGUGCUGCUUUUUCCAAGAAUAAUAUGCCACGAGUUAUGUGUGCUCAAGUUGCAGAUUUGAAUAAUUUUAAAGGACUGUA